AUGGUUGUAACUUGCGACAUACAAUUUGAAAAUAAUCCACAGGGAUGUUUUUUUGCCGGUCAGGUUUUGUCGGGAAAAAUCAUUUUAUCAGCCGAUAAAAUAAAACAAGUUAAGGCUGUUGUCUUGAAAAUAAAAGGAUUUGCUCACACUUCUUGGUCGGAAAAAGAUUCCAAAGAUAAACACACCUAUUAUAGAGGACACAUUGAUUAUAUAAAUUCAAUAACACAACUCUUAAGUCAAAGUUCUUCAGAUACACCUGUUAUUAUUGAACCCGGUGUCCAUAGUUUUAGUUUUGCUUGUCAUAUUCCCACAACAUGCCCAUCAUCAUUUGAGGGUAACAAAGGCCACAUACGUUAUCUAAUCCAAGUUGAUCUGGUGAGACCAUGGAAAUUUGAUCAGUCCUAUACACGAGGUUUUACUGUACUCAAAGUCAUGGAUUUAAAUUACGAUACACCGCUUCUGAAGAUGCCUGUAAACAAUCAAAUGUCGAAAGUUUUCUGUUGUGGUCCCAUGAAAACAGAUCCGCUACAAAUAGAAAUUCAUCUUCCACAGUCCGGUUAUGUACCUGGUCAACUUAUACCCAUUAGCAUUGUGUCGACAAAUGAUACCAAAGUUCCAAUCAACGAAAUUUGUGUACGUCUUGUGAUGAUGGUGUGUCUGUACAGUCAGACUCCAACUAAAAAAGCGGUCAAUGAAUAUAUUACAGUGUCGAAGCUAAAAGGCGAUUCUGUACCGAUAUUGUGUAAAAAACAAUUUAAUUAUUUACUGCCCGUACCGGCAACACCGCCAACAUGUUUCAAUCUCUGUCAAAUAAUACAGGUGGCCUAUCGCAUUGAGGUGGAGGCGAAAAUGAAGGGAAUUUUCUAUCCCACCCAAGUAAUACAUAUCCCGGUGACCAUUGGCAAUGUUCCGCUAAUAAAUGUCAUACAACAACAACCAAUGGCUGCAACAAAUGGACGGACAUUUACAGAUGGUGAGAAUGCUGAUGUAGUUGAUGGACCCAGUAGACAACCAUGGGCUGUUAAUGAUAAUAUUCCAUGUCCUAGUUUUGAAGAAGCUGUACAUAUGCCCCAAGGCAAGUUGAGUGAGAUUGGUACAAGUGACUAUGGUGAUAAGACAUUCACUCCAAAAUAUCCCGUAUUUAAUAUUCCCAGUCCAUCGAUUACGGAUGGCCAAGAUAAUGCUUUUAUGCCACCCACAGUAACAGAUCCAAAUAAAUCAACAUGGUUAUGA